AUGCUGUCCUGUGCGUCCAUAAAUGGCUUUCGGAACGAGUUGUGUGAUGGCGCACUGCGCGGUGCAGUGAGUCCGUUCGGUGUGCUGUCGCUCUCGCGUGCUCGGGUCGCUCGGCCGCUACUCUCCGUGCACUACUGUGGCCGCACCGCCGGCGCUCUGAGUGAUGCCAAGACCUGGGAAAAAUUCGUACGACGAUCAGGUAGGGUAACGCUGUUCCUUCCGGAAGCCCAGCCAUUCCUUCUCUCUGUCCUCAAGCACUAA